CAUGUUCUUCUGCUGUUUCCUGUCACUACAUCAAGGCAAAUAUGGAUCAUUCCACCCAUGUACCUGAGAGAACAAAACCCCGAGACGUAAAUAGAGCGAGUGAGAGAGACUGGUUCAACAAAUCAGAGAAGAGAGAGAGAUGGAGGAAUCAAGCCUCCAUCUGCAGAGAGGGAGUCAGGAGACAUGCCUUCUGGCAGGAGCUGAAGAAGACAGCUGUGUUUGGUGUGGUAUUUUUAAACGCAUCAAUGCUGCUCCAAUCCCCGUGCCUCGCCUGACCUAUUUUUAGCCAGGGCUGGCCAUUGUUCUAUUUCUGUCACCUGUGGGCCACGCAGUUGUUGAUUCACAUGCAAAUGAAGCUAGCUCCCUCCCCAGCUUGUGUUGCUUGCCUGCUUUCCUAGCAACCCGGCUUCUUCAUUUCUCCUCAGUCUCUGCUCAGGCACACUGCUGAGGAGAGGCAAGAGCCACAGAGUGGAGGGAGGCAGAUAAGGAAAAGCAAAAAGAAGAAGCCGGGCUCUUCUCCUAACACUGUGUCUAGUGUUUUUUGGACCAGACCAAAGGCAAGGGGCAGCCUGCUGAGAGGAGUGUGCAGUUGGUGUUAUUGCUCCACAGCGAGAGUGGUUUUCUCAGAGGAGGAGGCAGAGGAAGGGAGAGAGAGAGAGAGAGAGAGAGAGAGUUGCCUGUUGUCGUGGUCUCUCCCCUGAGUGGCUGAGGGGUGGCUCUUGGUGACAGGAAACGCAAGGCUGGCGAUGAGACCUGAGCGCUGAGUGGAGUAUGCUGCAGACGAUUUACGAGGGCGAGUCAAGUUUCUCCACAACAGACGGGCGCGUUGGACACCAGCAGCUCCUCGACCCGAGCAAGAUGCACAACGUGAACAACUCAGUGGACAUUAAGCCAGAAGUGCCAUUGGCUGUGGAUCCCCUAUCGCCAUUGGACCUGCGCACAGACCUGAGAAUGCUGGGGCCAGGCUCGGACCCAGGACUGUGGGAGAGGCAGCUGCAGCAGGAGCUGCUCCUCAUUCAGAAGCAGCAGCAGAUCCAGAAGCAGCUAUUAAUCAGCGAGUUCCAGAAGCAGCAUGAGAAGUUGACCCGUCAGCAUCAGGCUCAGCUUCAGGAGCACCUUAAGCUCCAGCAGGAGCUCCAGGCCAUGAAGCAGCAGCAGGAACUUGCCGAGAAGGAGCGUCGCAUGGAGCAGCAGCAGCAGCAGAACCAGCAGGAGAAGGAGCAGGAGAGGCAUCGGCGAGAGCAGCAUGUUUCCAGCCUGAGCCUCAGGGGCAAGGAGCGCUCCAGAGAGAGUGCAGUGGCCAGUACCGAAGUGAAGCAGAAACUCCAAGAGUUUCUGUUGAGCAAAUCAGCCAAGGACCUUGCCACUAAUGGAGCCAGUCAUUCUUUCAUGCACCACCCAAAACUCUGGUACACGUCUUCUCAUCACACAUCACUGGACCAAAGCUCUUCUCCUCUGGGCGGCACAUCCCCCAACUGCCAGUACACUCUGCCAUCACCCAUAGAGAGCAAGGACGACUUCCCCUUGAGGAAGACAGCCUCUGAGCCCAACCUGAAAGUGCGCUCCAGACUGAAGCAAAAAGUCACAGAGAGGAGGAGCAGUCCCAUGCUGAAGAGAAGUGAAGGAAACAUCAUGGCUCCUUAUAAGAAGAGGGCCCUGGAGCUAAUGGACUCUACACCCACUAACAGUGCCCCUGGCUCCGGCCCCAGCUCUCCCAUAGGGGCCUCUAGUGCCUUGGGGGCUGAAAAUGGACCCUCCUCUCUGCCUACUACCACAAAAACUGAGAGAUGGCCUUCACAGCCGAGGUUAUUCCGACCCGAGGGCUCUGUGUCCAUGCUGAGCUUAUACACAUCUCCCUCCUUACCCAACAUUUCCUUUGGGCUUUCGACUUCAACCUCGCCCAUUAGCGCUGCCAUUUUGAAAGACAGAUCAACAGAAAUCAGACAUGGGCUGCCUGGGAACCUUCUGGGCCCUGUGCCUCUACAGUCAGGCCUGGAGUCCAAGGUGAGCCCCAGUCACCAGGCUCUCCUCCAGCACCUCCUCCAGAAGGAGCAGAUGAGGCAGCAGAAGAUCCUUUCCUCUGGCCCUGGCUCCAUGUCGUCCCACCCUCAGUCCCCUCUGGCCAUGAAGGAUCGCCCCUCCAGCAGUCGUCCUAAACUACCAAAACACCGGCCCUUGAACCGAACCCAGUCGGCUCCACUUCCCCAGAACACACUGGCCCAGCUUGUCAUCCAGCAGCAACACCAGCACUUCCUGGAGAAGCAGAAACAGUACCAGCAGCAGAUCCACAUAAAUAAGCUGUUGUCCAAGUCCAUUGAGCAGUUACGUCAGCCCAACGCGCACCUGCAGGAGUCGGAGGAAGAGCUGGAGGAGCAGCAGCAACAUGCGGAGCAGAUGGAGAGCAUGCAGGAGGACAGGCUGCCCCCUGGAGGAGUCAUCCGGAAGCACACGCUCAGCAGCAGCAGCAGCAGUGGCUCCAGUGGCGAGCUCCCAGAUGCCCACUUCGGGGUCAUCAGGGUCAAGGAGGAGCCGGUUGACAGCGAGGACGAGGCGCUGAGCGGUCAGAGCCUGGAGUCAGUGCAGAACACCUAUCUCCACCAGGUCAAAGGGAGACUGGUGAUAAGAGCCAUGAUCUGAGGAGGGAAGAGGACGAGAUCACACACCCGCAACAUUCGCAGACAAACAAGUCUCUACAAACAUCAACAUCUGAGAAACACACACUCACAUACUGUACACACACACACACACACACACACACACAGCAGCCAUUGCACAGUAGGCCAACUCUCCCUGUCACGACCCCGUCUCACUCAGCUGCAGCCUCGCUCGUCCCACGCGCUCAGACUCUCUCCGUUUGCGAUCCUCGUGUAUUGAUCUCUGUAAAAUAUGUACGUUUCACUUUUUCUGUGUAUAUAAUAUGAAAGAGAAUCUAGACCGUUCUUUUUAAAGAGCUGCUUCGGACAUCAAGUGACGACACGUUUCAUGUACAUAUGCUGUGGAGUUUAGCAUCAACGGUGAUUUCUAGAGGGAAGGUGGAACAGGUGUACAGCUGCGAAGAGCCAAGUCAUGUUCCCGUCGUGUACAUUUUUGCCAUGAAAUAUUUGAAGGCUCUUCUAUCCACUUCUACGUCGCGAUUUACCACAGAGUCCUGACGGCGUGUUUACGAGUUUGAAACACUACAUGACCCCGUCGUCCUCGAAAAUAUGUGCCGAUGUUCCUUGUUAAGUGGUCUCAGUACUGUAAUAAUGGAACGUCCGCAUUAGAGAGAAUGUAUACUUUAAUCCUUUAAACAGAGGACGCUCCCGCAUGGCAGACUGGGGAGUGAUAUUGCCAUUGGAAAUAAGGUCCGCUGCUCAUAUUGCAAUUUGAAGGAUAAAGCACUAAAUCCUUGCUUGGGUGUUCAGUCAUCUCCCAACACAUCCCGAGUCUCCAUGUCUUUCUCUCUCUCUCUCUCUCUCUUUGAGCAGAGCCAGGGCCCUGUGCGCUAAGCCCAGCUCUCCUCCCUCUCUCCCUCUGGGUCCAAAUCAAAGCUCGGGCCGGGUUCCUGCCCGGCUUUCAGCAGAGGAGUCAGAGAGAAAGAGAGAAUGAGAGGGAGAGAGAGAGAGAGAGAGAGGGCCGGGCAGGAAAUGCCUUCUAGAAGCCAGGAGUUGGAGUGAUUCAUGUGUGCAGGAAUGUUGAGAGAGGAGGACCUAGGGUUGGAGGAGUCCAAGGGGCCAGGCUCGAGAAUUGAUUUACUGUCAAGACGAAUUACAAAGUGAGUGGGGAUAUGGUUAAGGAAAGAAGAAGAAGGGACCUUGCUUCUUCUUCUUUCUUCUUCUUUUUUUUUAAAAAAGCCUGUUUUCCCCCCUGAAAGUGCCCAUUGCUACAUGUAUACUCUGUCUUAAAGUGAUCAAUCAAAUGUAUUGCAUAGCUGUAAACCUUCCAGUUUCGUUUGUACCGUCAAACUCACUGUUAAAACAAAAGAAAACAAACCCCAAAAAAAUGCUAGUAUGAGGUUCUGUGUGUGGAUCCAUGUGAAAAUCCAAACUGUUUGUCUUAUACUGUACAUUCGAGAUUGUCCGUCCGUAAUGUUUUUAGUGUAAGUAAACACAAUCAGAACAAUGUGAGUCCUGUUCUCUCGCUCCCUUUGAUUCGGUCGUAACGAGAACCCCCCCCCCUUCGCUGUCGAUAUGUGUGUGUGUGUGUGUGUGGGUGUGGAGUGGAGGGGGAUCCUGUUCAUGUGGUCUGUUCAUAGCAGUUUGCAGUUUUUCUUCUCUUGUCAUUUUUUUGCCUUGUGUGAUUAAGAAUCUUUUUUUUUUUUUUUAAAUAAAGUUAAUUUACCUCUGA